GAUACUUUCCCCCUUUUUGUUUUGUUUCCGAGUACAUUCACUUAACUGGUUUCUUAUACUUUGUUUUUGUUGUGUAGAGACGCAACUCUAUCAGGCUGCCUUCCCAGCCUUUGGUGGCUCCAUGGGCGUUCGCCCUCUGCGCGAUGAUGAGGAAGGCUGGUAUGACCAGAUAAAAGGGAACUUCAUGUUUCCUCCUGCUGACGCCUUCGCCUCGCCGCCGGAUGCAACUGAAGGUGUGUUGCGCGAUCUGGGGGUUGACCCAGAGGAGAAGAAGAAGAAACCUUCGAAGAAGAAAAAGAAGGCGGAUGUUGAAGUGACCAGCAAGGGUCCUGGCGCCAGUCGCGCAACUACUGCUGCUGUCAAAGCUAUGGGAAAGACUGGCGCUGGUGGGUCAAAGGGCUCUGGGAGCGCGGGUUCUCGUAACCCGGAUGCUGACGCAACUCCAUCUCAACCUGAGGAUGAAGAAGAAGAGGAAGAAGAGACUGCCCCGUUGAUUGGAAGAAAGAGGGGUAGAAGCGAGGCGACAACUGGUGUGGCCUCUGCGCCUGUUUCAGUUGUUAUUCCCGUUGUUGGGAAGAAGAGCAAGUUGCGCUCGUUAUACCAGUUUUCUCCUGAGAUCAAGAAGAAGACCCCUGAAAAGGGGGUUAAGUUUGUUGAACCCAGCACGAAAAAACCUAAGGUUGCCACUGAACCUUCCGAUUCUGCUGCGCGUGAUGCUGCGAAAACUGCUGAAGCGCAGCGAAAGGCAGAAGAGGAUCGGAAGAAAGAAGAGAGUAGGAUUGCUGCGCAGAAGAAGGCUGAAGAGCGAAAGCGCAAAGAAGAGGAAGAGAAAAAGAGGAAGGAGGAGGAGGAGAGAAAGCUGGAGGCGGAGAGGAAGAGGAAAGCGGAAGAGGAGAGAAAGCUGAGGGAGGAGGCGGAUAGGCAGAGGAAGGCGGAAGAGGCGAGGAAAGAAAGAGCUGCCGAUCAGUCUUCUGUUCAAGGGCAGUCUGGUGUCCCAAAACCUCCCCCUGCUGCGCCGAUUGUUACCUCAAAGGGGUUAGGGCGCUAUGUGUCUAGUGGUGCAAGCUCUGGAGGAGCUGGGGGCUAUAACCCCAAUGUGAUAGGUGCGAAGGAUACCGUCGGGGACAUAUAUUAUAAAACUUAUACUGAAGAGGAACGUGGUGAUGCUCCUCAUCAAGCCCCUUGGAGCUUAAGGCAGAAGGAUACAUUUGUUGAAUUUGGUCCUUCUCGCGAUUGGUACUUGAACCAAUUCACUCCUGGCGAAGUUAACCGUCAAAAGGCGAAGCCGCAUGAAAUGUUGUAUCGCACUUACAUUCUUGCCGAGGCCAACGCUCGAUCUGCUAACCAUCAGAUAGUUCGUGAAUGGCGAACAAUGGUCAGAGAGCGCGCCGACUGGGAGGCUUACCGAGAACGUGUGCUAAAACGUGUUGGUGAAUUUGAGAAGGCUAAGGCCACAUUUGAUGAGGAGAAAGCCAAGUUUGAGGCUGAUAGGAAAGCUGAAGAGUGGGGUCGCGAGGGCCUGCAAAAGAAACUUCAUAAUGUGGAAGAGCAACUGGCCAAGGAGAAGGCCGAGCGAGGAUAG